GUCAGUAUUCGUGCACCGUUCGCGGAAGUUGGGCGUAUAUAGGGGACAUAUAAAAAUAUCGCGUAUUUUGGUGUUUCAAAUUAUUUUGUGAGUUUGUGUUGAGGUUCAGAAAGAAAAAAAUCAAAGAAUCAUCAAAAGAUCCAGUAACUGAUUAGUGCAGUGAUGUGUCAGUGAACAUUAUAACAUUAUGGAAUCGAAUCCACUACCGCUCGAGGAUGACGAGGGCCACCCUCCCCAAGGCUCAUCCACAGGCAGCGGCUCGUCCUCUGGUACCGGUUACUACGGGCACAAGAACGGUGAAUGGCGUGGGGAGAGGAGGAUGCUGGAUAUAACGAGGGACAAACCUGUAAAAGUGUGCGUUCGUGUUGUCGUGCCUGUUCGGGACCAUCCGAAGUUCAACUUCGUAGGUAAACUGUUAGGUCCGAAAGGCAACUCUCUGAAACGUCUUCAAGAAGACACAAUGUGCAAGAUGGCCGUACUAGGUCGAGGUUCAAUGAAAGAUCGUCAAAAGGAGGAGGAGCUCCGUGUCUCCGGAGAUCCAAAGUUCGCUCAUCUGUCAGACGAACUGCACGUUGAGAUCAGCGCGUUCGCUACACCAGCAGAAGCUCAUGCCCGAAUCGCAUACGCUCUCGCAGAAUUGCGAAGGUUUCUGGUGCCUGAUUAUAAUGACGAUAUUAGACAAGAGCAAAUGUUGGAGAUGCAAAUAUUGUCUUCUCAAAACGAACAACGGCGUCUCACUCCGCCUGACUCAUCAAGAAGUGGUAGCGAGGAAGCUCUGCCAUUACGAGAUAAUGUUGCCAAACAACGAAUACCAACAACACCAGUAACACAGACACUACCAGCCGCAAUUGCUGUGAAUCAUAGCAGUGCAAGGGACUUCUCCCCACCAGCACCAACUCCUGCCCCCGAACACUUGGCCCAUCAUCAGCUUGCUUCUGCCCACGCAAAUCACGGCGUUCUAGUGGGAGGUGGUGUUAUCCAGCAGCCACCGACCCAUCAUUUACUCACACAAAACUCAAUUUUAGCAGGUGCGGGUGGGGCGGGUGCGAGCGGUCGCAAGCGGCCGUUGCUCGGCGCUCGGGCCGCUAUGUCGCCGACUAAGAGGGCCGUAAUGACACUGUUGGCGCGAGCUAGGGCGGCCACUCACAAGCAUACGCCGCAAUGGCCCACACACGAACACGCAACCCUUCUUCCACUUAUAAGAGACGAUUUCGUGACCGGAGUCGGAGUUAAUAUCAACUUAGCAUAAAAUCGCAAUAUAGUGAAAUACAUUAGUAAAUAUAUUGUAAAUAUUCAUCGAAACCUAGUUAUCCAAAAUUCAUGACUAUUUUAAAAUAAUAGAUUCUUAUAUACGGGAUUUAUUUGCAUAUUUAAUAUAUGAGAUACACAGUUUAAUAUCGCCAUUUUUAAAUACGUAUUUUAAAUUGAUUACAAUAUAAAACUUUUAAUAAAAAUUAUAGCCUUUUAUACAUAUAAUGUUGUGAAUUUAUAAAAAAAAAAAUUUAACUCUCUAUAUUGAUGUUUCGUUCUAAUAUCAAGAUCAUUUAUAAUUCAGUCAAUUUUCUAUAACCCCAGUAUUUUAAGGCUUCUAGUAAGAAAAAAAGGACCACGGUGUUUUAAUACUAGGCCUUAUAGAAAUGAAAUAUUGGUAUAUAUUUAUUAUAGAGUCAUUCGAAUAUAAAUUAUACGAAAUCUAUGGUGUAUAAGAAAUAUAAUAAUUUAAAAUACAAUAAUAUAUUCAAGUUAAUAUAUAUAAAAUUUUAAAUCUCCGAAAUGUAUUGAUAUAAAUUAUUUAUACAAGGCACUGUUUAAUAAAUAACAAUUACAUGAAAAAAAAAGCAGCCACCACUUGCACAUCCUGAAAAUAAUAAAAAAAAACUUUUUUAUCAAAUAAAACCUUUUUAAUAUAUUCUAUAAAAAAAAAACAUUUGCUAUGCUUUUAAAAGAAUGAAAUAAUAUAAUCUGUAGCAUUUUGCAGAUGUCACUAGUGUGAUUAAAUCUUUACGUUAAAAGUAAGCUUUUAAUAUUUUCUAACAAUAUUUAAAAAUAAUAUUGUAUAUAUUAAUAUCAUCUUCUUUUGUGAUACAAAUAGUUUAUAAUUGAUUGAAUAUACGUAGCGAAUUAAAUUAAAUCUCUUUAGAAGGAUUGCAUCGUUAAAAUUUCCUUUAUAUGCAAUAAAUGUAAGUUAUCUGAAUAAGAUGCUACAUUGAGGUAUUCAAAACAAAUAUGUAAUUUAUCUGAUAUAUGAGUAAUAAAGAAAGAUUAUCGUAUAAAGAAAUUGAAAAUUUAUUAAUUAUCUACAAUACCUGUAGUAGUGUUUAGUUGUAUGUGCACUGAUUAUAUUAAUAAAAUUAUAAAAUAGC